ACAUUUCAAGAAAUAGAAUUAGAAGAGGGUUCUUUGUUCAAAACUGUGCGAUAUUUUCUAUAAAUUAUUAAAAUUCUUAGAACUUAGAUUAGCUAUUAAUGAGAAAAUAAUAACUAGUGAAACUACUAUAAACAAAUUUUAGUGAUCUCAAAUUAUAGUUAAGUUGUGUGCAAAACGUAUGAUAUAACAAAGUAGUUAUUGCGUAUUCACGUAGGAUGAGUGAUACGAAAUCUUUCGUCAGCUUUUCUUGCCAACGAUGUCUACAGCCUUUGAAGCUGGACGAGUCUUUGAACAACCUGGGUGAGCACACUAUUGCUGAUUUAACACUUCAAAUACGUAGAAACAAUGAGGCAGAUCUGGAUUUGCAGUCGUCAAGUUUAGAACAUUACGUACCACCUUUUCGUAUGUCAGAAUCUGGAAACGGAGCUAAUGGCUUCAUGGUAAUCUCUGAUGGGUGGGAAACAACAUCUUUGGGCCACCAGUUGCAUGUAAAAGCUACUUUAUUUGAUUUAUUAUCAAACAACUCUGAUGUAGACCAUCCAUUAUGUGAUGAGUGUACCGAUACACUGCUAGAGUUGAUGGACAACCAGUUACGGCUAACAGAAGCUGAGUGGAAGGACUACACUGAUUAUUUAAAAAAAUUGGAAGACGAUAAAGAAGAUUUAAACUUAGAUGGGCUUGAAAAAGAACUUGAAGAUUGGAAACAAGAGCAAAACAGGCUUUUGCAAGAGUUGUCAGCGUUACAGAAGGAAGAGAAGGCUAUGAAAGAUGAGAUUAUAGUGCAAGAGAAGGAAAAGGAAAGAUUGGAAGUGGAACAGGACAUUUAUUGGAAGGAAUACACAAGAUAUCGUAAAGAUUUGAUGACAACAGAGGACCAAAUGAAGUUCUAUGAAUGUCAACUGUCAUAUACGCAGGUGCAAUUGGAGAAACUGAAGAAAACAAAUAUAUUCAAAGCAACAUUCCAUAUAUCAGAUUCAGGUCAAUUUGGUAUUAUAAAUAACUUUAGACUUGGUCGAUUACCGACUGCUCCUGUGGAUUGGUCAGAGAUUAAUGCAGCUUGGGGGCAGACUGUUCUACUGCUGUCUUCCUUGGCACGGAAAAUCAAUUUUCGUUUCCAACGCUACCGUCUAGUCCCAUAUGGUAAUCAUUCUUAUAUAGAGAUAUUAGAGGAUCAGAAAGUUCUACCUCUGUAUGGAUCGUCAGGAUUUCGUUUUCUGUGGGAUACAAAGUUUGAUGCUGCGAUGGUGGCUUUCUUGGAUUGCUUGCAACAGUUUAAGGAACAGGUUGAAAAAGGGAACACAGGAUUUUGCUUGCCGUAUCGAAUAGACACAGAUAAAUGGAAAAUUGAAGAUACAGCAUCCCCGCCUCAUGCAUAUUCCAUCAAGAUACAAUUUAAUUCAGAGGAACAGUGGACUAAGGCACUAAAGUACAUGCUCACUAACCUAAAAUGGGCACUAACUUGGAUCUCUUCCCAAUUUAGCGAAGACAAGAUAGAGGGUUGAUGAGAACUAAUUAUUUCUGUGAUAUUGUAAAUUUAUUGUUGUUAGAACUACAUUAGAAUGUUAUUUUUGUUCCUUUUUUGUAAAUAGUGUAAAGUAUACUCUAAUAUUAUAUAGUAAAUAUUAUGUUAACAAGAAUCAUGUUAUUAUCUUAAUUAAUUCUUAAUACAAAUUACAAUAUGAUUUGUAGAUAAUUAGAAAUAUGCCCAGUGAGAUAAUAAAUGUUAGUUGAAGA